CUCAGAAGAUGGUACAACAGGAGUGGACACGUAUCUUCCAGAAUAAAGCCAAGAAUCUCAAACAAAGAGACUCUUGGCAUCUUGAGUCUGAUGAAAAUAUUGAGCCUAACAAACCAAACCUGGGCUGGAAGCAGUACAUCAGGAACACAUCUGCAAGGUUCACAUGCACCAACUGUGGAAGAGGCUGGCCUUCCAACCGGGUGAUGGUGGUCUUCCACAUGCGCCUCAAGAAUAGCCAGGGCAUUGUUAAGGUGAGGCGCUUCCGUCAGAACUGCAAAACGUGCAACGCCGCUCCAAUGGAGGAGCCCAGCAUCACCUCUGAGAAUAUCAGCAUCCUCCUGGAGAAUCUGGUGAAGAAGAUAAGAAUUAAAUGCUACAAUGAACGCAUGGGCAAAAGGAGCAGACAUUUCAGGAGCUUUGAUGUCAACAGUCCCCAUGAGCCUGCUCAUUGUGAGGCCUGUAUUCGAGGCAUCUGUACAAAUAAUUGA